CAAUGAAGAGGGGCUAGUUGCCUUUAGUUGAUUACAUCUAGAUUUUAUCAAAUGAAUAUCGCCGUUUAUUUAUUUGUAAAAUAUCCCCGUGAAUAGAAAACGUUUGUGUCCUCCUUAGAACGUGUCUCGCUCGGACGCAGUGUUUUUGUCAAAGAGGAAUCAUCCUAAAUAAGAGAAGAGACCUAGUGAAUGGCAGACUGCGAAAGAGAAACAAAGAUGGUGUUUGAGCUGCCAAUCCACUAAACUCUGCGAGAGAAGACAUCUGAUGAGAAAUUACUGCAACCUAACAGAUUCCGGCAUGGAAGACAAGGCAAAUGGCUCUGUUGACACAAAAAGCCCAGUGGAGAAUGGACAGCUGCCGGACCCUGCAAACUGGGGGGUCGCCGACGUUGUCAACUACUUCAAAGCAACAGGGUUCGAGGAGCAAGCGACGGCUUUCCAAGAUCAGGAAAUCGAUGGCAAGUCUCUGCUGCUGAUGACCCGAAACGACGUCCUGACGGGGCUGUCGAUAAAGCUAGGCCCUGCACUGAAAAUCUAUGAGUAUCAUGUGAAGCAGCUGCAAACCCAACACCUGAAGAGCAAUGCCUCUUAGCACCU